AUGCUAACAAAAUUCUUAUCAAGUUUUUAUUCCUGUAGUGCAGCAGUAACAGGCACCGAACCCUUGUCUAGAACCGCAGCUGUAGCUACCGCUGGGGCAACUACAGACAUGUUUUUUCAAGCAACGUUGGCAAGAACUUUUAUUUCAACAUUAAAACUUAGAGGGGACGAUGAUGUUGUUGACAGACUUAAUUAUUAUUAUACGCCAAUUAUGCUGGCAAUUGCUUGUUUGGUGUUUGGAGGUUCUCCUAUUGAAUGUUGGGUUAAUCCUCAUUCUAGAGAAAGUAUGGAAGAAUAUAUAGAGGCUUUUUGUUGGAUACAAAAUACUUAUUGGGUUCCAAUGUAUGAACAUAUUCCAGAUAGUCAUGAAACUAGGGAAGGUGGAAAUAUAAAAAUACAUUUAAAAUUUAAAAAAUUUUUAGGACAACAAAUUGGUUAUUAUCAAUGGGUUCCUUUUAUUUUAAUUGCCCAAGCUUUAGCUUUUUCUUUGCCUUGCAUUCUUUGGAGGUUAUUAAAUUGGCAAAAUGGUACGAACAUCCACCAUCUUAUUUCCGCAGCGGAAGGUGCUAGAACUGUUUUGGACCAAAACGAACGAGAAAAGGUUUUUCAUGCCUUGGCAUUAACAUUUACGGAAAUGAUUGAUUUGAGAGAAGUGAGUGGAAUAUUAAUUUUAUUAAAAUAA